CCCCCCCGCCGGAGAACCGAAAAGUCUCUGGGGAAACCCUUGAUCCUUUGAGCCUCACCCCCCGGUCUCCCCGGAUCUGUCCUUGUCUAAACAUUCAAUCCUUCUUAUAAUGCUAUUUCUCUCUUCUACUUUGUCCGUUCUCAGUAUAUCGCCCUGAUCAUGUCCUGAAGCAUGGAAUAGCCCCCAUUGCGUCAUCGUCUCCAUGGACAGCAAAACCAGACUGCGCAAGGCCUGCGAUGCCUGCAGUAUCCGCAAGGUCAAGUGCGACACCAGUGGCCCGCCCUGUCGCUCCUGUGCCAGUCUGGACAUUCCGUGUACCUACGAACGACCAAGCCGACGACGCGGUCCCCCGAAUCGCCAUGCUGAAGCCAUUAAGAAACAGAAACUGGGCCCAAGCCCAGGAUCUGCUGCCACUGCUUCCGUGGGCUCUCCAACGGCGUCGCCCAGUCCCUCAACUUCCGACAUAGCAUCAGCGCCAGUUCCGCCGCCGCCUACUAGUACCACUACCUCCUGGAUGUCUGCGGAAUCGAUAUGCCCAUUACCCACAGUACGAUUGCUCAUCGACGAUUUCUUCACCUAUAUCCAUCCGUUAGUCCCCGUACCGCACGAACCUACCUUUCGCGCAGCAUUCGAGCGUCGCGAGGAUGUUACAAAUCCUACCUUUUUGGCCCUCCUGGCCGGCAUGAUCGGGUCGCUGGUCGCGUCGUUCCCCAGGCGGCCAAAGCAACAUUUAAGGACGGCAGCUGAAAAGGCUGCAUUUCCACACUCAAUGGCCCUGGUCAAGCGGUGCCAUGAUGUUGCAGUGCAGGCACGCGGGACUGGAUACCUCGAUCGGACGGCCACGGUUUAUGACGCGGCCAUAAGCUACUUCCUGGGACUUUGCGCAGGGUAUGUGUGGAAUAUGCGACGCUGCCGUGCCUAUCUAGCGGAAUGCCGUACGAUGUUGCAGGUGUAUGAUUUGUGUCGGCAGUCCCCGAGAUUAGCUGGCAGCAAUCCCACGAGCCCGGCUUCGCCAGAUUUAGAUCCAAUGGCUGCUGGUGCAACACUCGCAGAUGGGUAUCAAGUCGAUAUUAUCCAGCAGGAAUUGGGGCGGCGUCUCUUUUACACGACCCUGGUGGGAUUUCGAACGUUACAACAAAUGGGCUCCAUGGACAUCAGCGCUCACUUUCCGCCGGAAACUCCGACAGAGCGGUACCCUCCUCUGCCUAUGGAGAUUGAUGAUGAAUUCCUGUUCUCGACGCAUGCAGGGCCGCAACCACCCAGCACGGUCUCGCGUCUGGCGGGGUUCAACGCGAACGUGCGAGUUUUCAAUUCGUACAACUCGCUCCACGCAUGGGAACUUGCAUUCGGGAGUGGUCUGAUCUUCGAUUAUGAGCGACAACGAAGCUUACUCUGGGAGUGUCUACAGAAUUGCAAAAAUGCGUUGGCCCAUGUACCACGCGAAUUAUCCCUCCAAUGGACACUGGCAACACCAGUAAGUCCAGAACAGCGCAAGUUCGAUCCCGUCCGAGCCGCCAUGGAAGACCCGGACGCACAAGAUCGUCGCGCCAUCCAGUACGAGAUUCAGAAGGCGAACAUCUACGCUUCGCAACUAGGCACACGGUCAUACCUGGUGGAAAAGUACUGGAACAUUUACGGGGCUCAUCAGAAAAUGAUGCAUCAGAAACCGUUAGAACACGGAUCCCCUGCGACCCCAGGGUCGACGGUGAAGCUGGAGGGCGAAUCACCGGGGGAUAUUGCGAUGCUGCAGUAUACACAUGCGCAGGCUGAUUUCAUCGGUCGUAUGAUGGCGGAGGAACGCCGGCUGGUCAUUCGCGAUCUCAUGGUCUUGCUGCGUUCUGUCAACGAGAUCAACAUGGAGCCUAAUGGCGUUAGCAUUACCUCCAAAAUCCGCCAAGUAGCCUCCACCCUCCUAAACUACCCCGGCACCUUCGACGACCACUCUCCAUACCACACAGCCACCGACUCCUCCGCACCAGGCCCGCACCCCCUAACCAUGGCCGAAACACAAACCUACCUCCACGCCUUCAUCGACACCCUCAUGCGCCUCGAGGGUCUAUCCGCCCCCGCGACGACAGCAAGUAGUCCGCAGCAGUACGGGCGGAGCAUGAGCUAUCUGAGUGACCAUGAUCGAGAUGAAGAGGAGCUGAGGCAAUGGGCUAGUGUGAAGGAGUUUCAGAAGAAGUUUGCGGAGGCCGGGGGUGUUUUGUCGGAGCUUUAAAUUGGAUCGGUUUGGUAUGGAGUUGGGUUAUUUGCUUGGUUUUUUAUUUGCGUCUUUCUUUUGUUGUUUUCACAUUACGAUGGAUGACUUGGUUAUGUUUUUAUAUUAUUCUCCUAGGGUGGGUUUCUGAUCUAGGCAAUGCAUUAUUCAAUUGAUUCAAAUUUAGGAUUGGAUUAGGAUAUAUCAGCUCCAAAGCAUGAUAUACAAUACCUGCUAGU